AUGGCGACCAAUCAUAGCUCCGACGAUCACGGAUCCGACCAAAACACGCGUCUUUACAAUCCUUACCAGAACUACGAGCUCCCGAUCAAAGCUCAGUAUCUUUACAAGCUUCCUACUUCUCCCGAAUUCCUCUUCACGGAAGAGUCCCUCAAACAGCGUCGAAGUUGGGGAGAGAACCUCACGUUCUACACGGGGACGGGCUAUCUCGGUGGCUCUGUAGCCGGCGCUGCAGCCGGGAUCUUCUCCGGUGUCAAGAGCUUCGAGUAUGGAGACACGACCAAGCUGAAAAUCAACAGGAUGCUGAAUUCGUCUGGUCAGGCGGGCCGGUCCUGGGGAAAUAAAAUCGGGAUUGUUGGGUUGAUCUACGCAGGGAUUGAGAGUGGCGUUGUGGCGCUUACGGACAGGGACGAUGUCUGGACGAGCGUGGUGGCUGGUCUCGGAACCGGAGCUGUCUUUAGGGCAGCGAGAGGGGUGAGAUCUGCGGCUGUGGCUGGUGCUCUCGGAGGAAUAGCGGCUGGUGCGGUUGUGGCGGGGAAGCAGGUUUUCAAGCGGUAUGCUCACAUAUGA